GAAAAGGCAGCUGGACUGGAGAGGAGAGGAGGAACUUCAUACGAAAAGCUUCAAGAUCACCACUGCGAUGAUGGAGCGCUCCAAACCAAGUCAAAGAGAAAGCGAAGCCUCAUCAAGUAAUGACACUGCCCUGAAAGGACUUUUGGAUGGCAUGGAGAAGGUGCCAAUGUGGAACGGAGCACCUGAAGAGACACCCAAAGGUGAGACACCCACCAGCAAAAGCAGCACCCGUGCUCCAUGUUCGUCUGUGAUGGAGAGCUGGAGGGACGAGCGCACACGGAGCAUAGAGGAUAACGAGAUGAGCCUGCCGAGUAUUGUCGCUGCCUACACCACCAUCCUCAGGGGUCUGGGAGAAGAUCCGCAGAGACAAGGCCUGCUGAAGACGCCGUAUCGAGCGGCCACGGCCAUGCAGUUCUUCACCAAAGGAUAUCAGGAGAAAAUCAUAGAUGUUCUAAAUGACGCUAUUUUCGAUGAAGACCACGAUGAGAUGGUGAUUGUGAAGGAUAUCGACGUGUUCUCCAUGUGUGAGCACCACCUUGUCCCCAUCUUCGGCAGAGUCCAUAUCGGCUACUUACCUAACAAGAGGGUGCUCGGCCUCAGCAAGCUGGCAAGAAUUGUUGAAAUCUACAGUAGAAGGUUGCAAGUCCAGGAGCGUCUCACUAAACAGAUCGCCAUUGCCAUCACUGAAGCUCUACAGCCUGCCGGAGUCGGAGUGGUCAUCGAGGCAACUCACAUGUGUAUGGUGAUGCGAGGCGUGCAGAAGAUGAACAGUAAAACGGUGACGAGCACCAUGCUGGGUGUUUUCCGCGAGGACCCCAAAACCAGAGACGAGUUCCUCACAUUGAUCCGGAGCUGAGACGACCUACCGUGUGUGUAGAUCAGACACCCUUCUCCGACACAUCACUCACCAUCAUGUUUAUUCUGUAUUGGCCUCUAAGGGAGGCUGUGCUGCUGUCACAUGUGUUCUCCCAGAGGCAGAUGUGGGAGAUACCUCAGUUAAGCCAUCCCUCCUAGUGUGUGUGUGUGUGUGUGUGUGUGUGUGUGUAUUCACUUGAACAGGGAUUCCGAGUGAUGUUUCACAAUUUUCCAGUGGUAAAAUCAAUUAAAGCUUCAUGGAUUCAAAUUCUAAAAUAGCCAACAGUGUUUAUUGUUGUGGUAACAUCAUUUUAUUAUUUUUGAUAAAUGAGAUAAAACCUUUUAACCACAUAUUUAUUCAUUCAGCAGAUCCAUUUAUCCAAAUCUGUUUAUGAGCAAUCCAGUCCAAGCACAGAAAUGAGCUGCUGAGGGUUAACCCUCAGUUUAACCCUAAGACAGUCUUAUGGUUAUUUUAAACGUAAAAGCAACCACUGCCGUAUUUAUAUCCAAAGAGCUGAUCUGCAUUAAAGCUGCAAUAUGUAACUUUUUUUUUUUUUUAUGGAAAACUAGGAGUUGAAUUGUUUAGUCAGGGUAGAAAAAGUGUGUCCUUGUGUAGAGGCAAACCAUGUUUUGGUUGACUUAGCCAGAAUUGCAGCAGUAGGGUGGCCAGUUCCUUUCUGCACCCUCACACAUUCACACCUAUGGACAGUUUAGUGUCACCAAUUAGCCUAACCUGCAUGUCUUUGGAUUGUGGGGGAAACCGGAGCACCCGGAGGAAACCCAUGCAGACACGGGGAGAACAUGCAAACUCCACACAGAAAGGCCCCCAUCAGCCACUGGGCUCGAACCCAGAACCUUCUUGCUGUGAGGUGACCGUGCUAACCACUACACCACCAUGCCGCAAAAAUUACAUACUGCAGCUUUAAUAGACAGCAUUUGUGCACAUGUAGUCGAGCCAAAAGAAAACCAGCCAUGUACCAUUUCACUGAUCAAGAGUUAGUAAAACUUUUACAAUACUGUGUGUAAAAUGUUAAACUGAUAGAGGUCAGAGAUUAUCAUCUCAUCUCAUUAUCUUUAGCCGCUUUAUCCUGUUCUACAGGGUCGCAGGCAAGCUGGAGCCUAUCCCAGCUGACUACGAGCGAAAGGCGGGGUACACCCUGGACAAGUCGCCAGGUCAUCACAGGGCCGACACAUAGAUACAGACAACCAUUCACACCUACGGUCAAUUUAGAGUCACCAGUUAACCUAACCUGCAUGUCUUUGGACUGUGGGGGAAACCGGAGCACCCGGAGGAAACCCACGCGGACACGGGGAGAACAUGCAAACUCCGCACAGAAAGGCCCUCGCCGGCCAUGUGGCUCGAACCCAGGACCUUCUUGCUGUGAGGCGACAGCGCUAACCACUACACCACCGUGCCGCCCGUCAGAGAUUCUGAUUUGGUUAAAACUGAUCAACGCUGUGUUUCUGAUUGGUUUAAAUUGUGAUGGCCUGAAAUAAUAAAUGAAUUUUAAUCUGGACUUAAACAUACAAAAUGUUUCUGUAUUUCAAUCAUUUUCUGAUUAAUUUUAAUCACAGAUCUGUGUAUCCAAACUGUGCUGUAAUUUUUUUGUCACGUGUCAGUGUGUGAGGUGUGUAGUUCAGUCAUCACCCAAACCGUAGUAACUUUGUUCUGUGUAACUAUUGAACCAUGCAGCCAAUGGGCUACAUCGCAUUAUGUUGUGUACUCUGUGUAUGUAUGUAUGUAUGUAUCAGGGCUUGACAUUAAGGACUGCCUGAUUGCCCGGGGCAAGUGAAACGUGCAUUCGGGCAAGUGGGAUAUGCCCUCGACAUGCCUGACUGGGCAAGUUGGAAUGAGCAUAUAUUUAUGUUGUCAGAGGAACACAGUCCUGUGCAAAAUAUUUAUAUAUAUUGGGUUUUUUUUUCUAUAUCAUCCACCUCUAGGUUUAAAAAAAUAAAACACCCACAACCUACACACUAAACAAUAAUUUUAAACUCAAACAUUAUCCUGCCUAUCAUGAUGCAGCGUGGUUUUUUUUUUCUUUAAACCUAGAGGUGGAUGAUAUAACAAAAAAAAAAGAUAUAUAAAUAUUCUCAAACACAGUACUGUUCAAAAGUCUUGGCACCCUAUUGUUUUCUUCAUACAAACUUUGUUAUACUGUAGAUUUCUAUUUUAUGAUUUCUACAUUAUCGAGUAAUGAACCUACAGUCUGAGAGAGUUCUAAACAAACACACUUAACUUUACAACGGCUGCAUGCAUGUGAAAUGGAAAUUAAUCGACUAAGGCAGGAAAAACUAUUUUGGAUAAAAUUGUUAUUGUCCGUUACAAGUAAAAGUAACCAAAUAACCAAACUUCAACUCAAUGUGUGAUCUUCAUUUUAUGUUGCAAUUCACAACUGUUCUAUGGUUUUCCUAAAAAAAAAGUAGUACUCGCAAAAUAUGGGGCAAGUGAUAAUAUUGGGGGGCAAGUGGAACUUAAACCCCCAGGGCAAGUGGGUUUAAAAGUUAAUGUCGAGCCCUGUGUGUAUGUAUGUAUGUAUGUAGGUAAGUAAGUAAUAGUGUUACUUUAACCUUCUAAAUGUCUGUAUCAAAGGCUAUCAGUGUUCAUGCCUCUGCGAGGAUGCUCUUCUUUUUCUCUGUUGAUGAAGGACCAAAGUUUGAAGUUGCAGUUGAGAUGUAAAAAAGAUCUCAACUUUGAUAACUAUGUUGAUAAAUAUGAACUCUCAUAUCAGAGCAGCAGUGAUGCACACAAUAGAAAUCCAAGAAAAUAUAGAUGGAAAACUGAGGCUCAAAGAAAUGUUUACUAUUAAAAUAUUUAUAUACAAAUAAAAUGUUAAUAACAUAAAGAGAAAUUCUAUUUACUCAUCAGUGCACAUCAGGUUUAGAUGAUAUAUUGGGACAUUUUAAUUUGAAAUGUACCACCUAAAUGUAUUUGUUGUAUUUUUGUGUUUCAAUUAUAUUCAGAAGAAUUAAUAUAUAAUUUUUGAUGUGUGUAUGCACGCGUGCGCUCACGUGCGUGUGUUCUACAUAAAUGUAAGUGAUAAAGCGAGUACUUAACAUUAGUGCUCCAGUACUAUUCACGUGGCCUUCUUCACCAGGACUCACCCAGUCUUGUAUAUACUUCACUGUUCAUUUACAGCAAACUGGUGUUAAAUUAAUAAGAAAAUAAAUUGUUUGAAAAUCGAUUAUAA